CCUUCCAUGCGUCUGUGGCGUCCACCGGAUCACCUGUCGCGGGACGACCUAGGCUCCAAGUCUCUUGACAUGCAGGGUAUACGGUGGCAGAUGGUCGGCCCAAGCAGAAGCCACGCUUUAGCUGCUCGAUGCCUCCUGCAUCCGUCUAAACUGCAGGCAGGACAGAGUCAAGUCGAUGCAGCUGCUAGCGUUGGCUGUACCGCUGCCAGCUCAUGCCAUGUGCUCGAUGAGACAGCGUACCGCUUUAAGAGCUUCGCGCCAAUUCACCGUGCUCAAUCCUGUCACUACCAACUUCGCAACGUUAUCGCGGCACCCGGCAGGUCCAGCAUCUUCUACGCGAACCGAGACAGGGUGAUGCACACAUCCCUCGCAUGCCCGACCACGCAGCAGACUGCCGUCGACCUCUCACUCCCAACGACCGGUGCGCCGCCCUUUCGCACAACUUGCCUAACUGCGUCCGCAUCGACAGCGGGUGGGAGUUCCUACUUACUUGCUGGCGGCUUCGAUGGAGAGUACGCCAUAGCGGAACUUGCAUCGUCCUCUGCAGCCACUCCCAAUCUCGGCUUCGUGACCCAUGCAUCAAACGGUCUCGUUACGCACAUCCACACCUACGAUCACCGCCAUGGUGGUUUGCCAGUCGCCGCUUUUUGCUCCAAUGACCACAAAAUACGUCUAAUGGAUCUCGGUACCUUAACCUUCACCUCAACGUUCGCCUACCAGCAUGCCGUCAACUGCUCCGCGACCUCGCCAGACGGUCGCCUCCGCGUGAUAGUCGGCGACAGUCGAGACGCUCAUAUUACCGACGCUGAGCGCGGGCAUAGCCUCGUCAAACUCUCUGAGCACACGGAGCACGGUUUUGCUUGUGCCUGGGCGCCCAAUGGCAUCCAUGUCGCUACGGGCGCUCAGGACGGGAAGACCUUGAUCUGGGACGCACGCAAGUGGUCGCAGCCGGUGCAUUCCUCUGCGAGCGUCAUGUCUUGCCCUCGCUCUUUGCACUUUACAGAUGAAGGUGCUUUGGUAGUGGCGGAGAGUGAGGACGUAGUCACGAUUCUGGAGGGUGCGAGCUUCGAAAGACGGCAAGAUAUUCGCUUCUUUGGCUCCAUCGCGGGUGUGGCACUGCUUGACGGAGGUGCCGAGCUAGUUGUUGGUAACGCCGACAAGACAGUUGGUGGGCUGUUGACAUUCCGCCGA